UUGAGUCAGCGCCGAUUCCAAUCGAUUCCAUGGCAUGCCGCCUUUAAUUGGAGGAUGGCUACGAAGCCUACCAGCAUGCUCAAGGCAGCUAAGAUAUGCCAGCACCGAGGGCCCCUUCCUGUACCGUUACAAGGCAAAGCGGAUCACAUGGAAGAAACGGCACUACAAUGAGGUGUUGAUCAUGGCAGACCGAAGAAAACUGCUGGAGACCCUUCAGGAUGUCAUUGACAGUCGCCGUCGAGAAUUCCCAGCCGCUUUCUGGGAGAUUCUUUCGAAGAGGUGUUUGAAAUCGAUGCAUUUGCUGGAACCCUUGGAAUUGAGUAUCCUGGCCCGUGCAUUUGAUGUUCACAAGCCCCAGCUCGCUCCGUUCCUGAAUGUUUAUCGACCUAUGGCGGUGCAGGUGAUCAACAGCAAAAGCCCAGUGCCCGGGCUGGCCAUUUCCGUCCUCACGGAUAUCUUGCCGCGGCGUCUAGACAAGGAUCAGUCUCGAGACCUCUUGCGUUGCUUAGCCAGGCGUGCCGCCGAUGUAAUGUGGGAGAUUCCAGCCGAGCAUGCAGUGAAGUUGCUUGAGGAGCUUUCAAAAUUUGGGCUACAGGAUGCUUCUCUCUGCAGACGCGUUGCCAAAAAGCUGCAAGUGUAUUUGAGUGCAGGCCCAGGCCGAGGUCAUGAUGAUCUCCCCGGAAGGGUUGCUAGUGCCUUUGCUGCGCAAGAUUAUCGCGACCUGGAGCUUUUUCGUCACCUGGCCACCAUGGCCACAGAUGGUUUGGACAGUGGCGCCAGUUGGGCUGAAGUAUCAGCACGCCAAGUGCUGCAGAGUGCUGAAAAGCUGGAGAUCGACAUUGACGAGGCCUGGAAAGACCACAUCAACGUCUCUGCACUCCGCAUGCGCAUGGCGCAGGAAUAUUUCUUCGACUCGCAGGAGGUGCCUGAAGUCACGUCGCAACAACAAAUCCAGGAAUAACAUUCAUUUCAAAAAACA